AUGGCAUUUUACGAAGGACUGGAUGAGAAUGCGGGUGCGAAUAUUCCUGACAACAUUUCCCUCGCGCCGACAGAUACAACAUCCGGUGGCACGUUCAUGACACGGUAUACCAAUCAAACCGGAACAGUUAACACUACAACCACACGCAAGACAAGCAAGAACAAGAGGCGCGAGGAGCGCAAGCGAGCACGGGGAAAGAAGGGGACGGUAUAUGAGGAAGAAUAUCUCACAAAUUCCAUCGAAAGACUGAUUGAGCGUCUCAACAGCAUGCAAGAUGAGAUUCAAAGGCUAGUGGAGGGCUUGAUCAGAAGGGGCAUGAGGGAGCGCGCAGAUGCAGUGAGCAAUGCUGCCAAGGAAGUGGUUGAAGGAUGUAAGAAAGCUGUAGGGGAAUUGUAUCCUGCAGCUGCUUUGGCACCCAGUGCGGAUGAUAGCGCCGUGGCAAUUCAUGGUGUAGAUGGAGAGUUGAAACCUACUGGGGGUGAUGCGACACUCUGGGAUAGUUUGCAGGAGGUGGAUAAGAAGAGGCAGGCGCCUAUCGUCAAGGAAUUUGGAAAGUUAAGUCUGUUGUAA